AUGGGUCCUCCACGCCGUGCCCGCUCGAACUCAUCUGUGUCGAACCACAACGCUCCCAACAGCCGCUCAAGACAGCCUCCGGACCCGCCCCAACCCGAUCCACCUCAAUCUCACCAACAUCUGGGUAUGUCCCCGGCCUCCCGGUACAAUGCCAACUUGAAAGUCGUCCGCCGAAGGGACCCCUCCAUUGUAUCUAUAUUUGAUCAAUUUAGUCAUGUCUGUGUGUAUCAUCAUAACGGGGACAAGUGGGAGAAGCAGGGGUACGAAGGGAGCAUGUUUUUGUAUGAACGCGAUACUUAUCCGCCAUACGGGUUCUAUAUCAUGAACCGUGUUGGCAUGGACGACUACAACCAACGAUUAUACCCUGAGGACGGUGUCGGCGCUCAUGGAAACUACCUCAUGUUGCGUCAUUACCCUGACUUCACUGCUCGCAGAAUAACAGAUGCGCGGGAAAAACUCCCUCCGUCUGCGCAAGACGGACCCGCAAUGAAGUUUGCGUCAGGGUUUGCAUUAACCGACCUGGAAAAGCUUCAUGAUGAGGACAAAGGUCGAUCCCAGACGGUCGGUUUGUGGUGUUUGGCGACCGACACUCGAGAGAGCAUGACGGAGGUUAUGCUCAGAUUGCACAGUUAUAUCAAGAAAAACCUACCUUAUCCGGACGAGUACAGGUAUGGCCCUGACCGUCCGCCCCCUCCGAAUUUCCGCUCACUAUCUAGAGCGAGUGAACGGGCACAUACGCGCUCGGCGUCCAGUGCGUCCAACGCAAGCAGUAUUCAUAGCAUCUCGGAGUCAGGAGAAGAUGACGUUCGAGGUGGUCAAUCAACCGUCACCCCAGCCUCUGCCCGCAGCGUCUCUGAACUCGACAAACUCUUCGCUAAGCUUGGGGGCAGCGUGUCCACCAACGGCCUCUCCCAGUCUCAACCCUUUCCUCAGGUCCAAGUCCCGAAUUACGGGGCUUCAGAGACCACAGCCGCAAGUCUCCUUGCAAAUGUGCGCGAUCCUUCGCGUACAGUUGUAUCCCCUGGGCCCUCUACCACCGCAGUGCCCACACGUGGACUUGAACUCUUGAACACCAUUUUCGCAUCUGCCACUCCUCCCCCUUAUCGUGCCCCAUCUCGAGACGAAAACUCCCACUCCUCUGAUUUUGCUGCGUCCUCUACGUCGCACAACGUCGUUGCUAAUGCUCAUACUCCCACUGCGUACUCUCAAGAUCACCAUAUCCUCUCCCCCAAACCCACCACCUCUGCACUUCCACAAGUACUUAAUCAGGAAGUCAUUUCCACCCUCCUUGGCCUACCACCUUCACGCGCUUCAUCCGUCCGGUACGAAGGGGAUAACGAAGCGAGCGAUGACGGUGCAUCUGAACCCGGUUCCUUGUCUUUCAGUGUUCCGCAGCUCGCCGUGCCCCCUGACCACGUCGAAUGGUCCACCAAACAGCGUGUCCUAGGGGAUGUCACACCUCGUGCUUCUUUACGCGGAUUUGAUUCAGACAUAGAUCAAGUUACCAACAUUCUCACCGCUGCAGCGUAUACUAGCCAACAUCAACAACAACGUGCUCAGCCAUCGCACACAUCCUCGAGUCCUCACCUGCAGGUCCCAGCUACGAAGCCGGCGGUACAACCGCCCGCGAUCAAUGAUGUUUCUUCAACUGCACAUUCUACACAUGGAAAUGUUCUUGGCAGUAACGACGUUACAAACACUAAGAGUGCCUCCUCCACCAACCCCCCGAGAGUUCGCCCUCUCAUCCCCUUUGAGACAGACUCAGAUCUCUGGCCUUACCCUCGUGCACCACUUGUCGAGACAGACUCGGACAUAGUUGAGCUUGACUUUGCGGACACCAGUGCGUUGAGUGACCCGAAUGCGUUCGAAAAACGUUGCAAGAGCAAGAAACAGAAGAAGAGCAAGAAGGAUAAACAGAAGGAGAGGGAGGAAAUUGAGAAUAGCUGGGACGUGCCUGCUCCUGUGCCCAUCGCCUCCCCAUCAGCAGUGUCCUGUAAUCCGCCGGCUCCUGUUAACGGAAACGCGAAAUAUCCCCGCCAGCCCCGCGAGAUCCAGGAGAAACCAGUAGUGGCGAAGUCAUCUACCCCUGCUAUUCCGGCGACACCAGCGACCUCUGGGGCGACUAACUCUACCAAUGCCGAUGUAGAUGGCGUGCGCACUGCACUUCUGUCCACACUCUCUACUUCCCAACAUGCCAAUCGCCUGAAGAAUUUGUCAAGGAAGGAUUUUGUGAGCGAAGUACUGUCCCUGAUCUAUCACAACAACCAAUUCGUCGACGAUUUGUGGCAACACUAUACUUCCCAUGAUUAG